UAUAUAGUAUUAAAUACAUGUAACUGGGGUUAACACUGUUUGACUUAAUCUGUUUUGAUUUCAAGCCAAACACGCCUUUAAUGCACCGCAUGGGGACGGCACGAAAAAAAAAAAAAACGCAGAGGAUUUGCGCCCCCAUCUGCAAAGCCCAAAACCCCACUCAAUCUGAGACAUAGGGUUUGCACUCAAGUCUGUAACACUGUCGAGGAGAGAGAGGAGAGAGAAGAUGUGGAAUUCAAUAGUUGUAGCAAGAAGAGCUUCUCUCAGCAGACUAGCAAGAAAUUCGCGUUCGAUUCAAAAACCUCAUCUUCUGCCCCAGGUACCUUCCUGUCAAACCCUAAUCUCCUUAGAAUAUCCAUUUGCUUCACAUUUCUCUACAUGGGUAGUCGCUCCCACAACCUCCUUUUACCAAAACCCUAGAUUUUUCUCUAACGAUUCAUCAAACCCAACCGAUGAAUUUGAAAAAUCACACAUUGAAUCCACAAAUUCUGAAACCAGUGUAGACGAUGUCGUCAGUGAUAGUCACAAUGUGCUCGACGAAAGUCCUAGCUCAGUUUUACCAGAAUUCGAAGAUCCUAAUUCUUCAAUGAUUUUCGACGAAAGUAACAGUAUUGAUGCCGAUACUAAUACCCUAAUGGAAGAUGGUUUAGUAUUGGACCAUGAUAAACCAGGUGAAGAUAACGUGAAUGAGGUUGAUUUGGAGCAGUUAUUAGAGAAUGUACGAUCUUUGCUUCAAAGUCGUGGCGUGGAAGGGUCUUUGGAAUCGAGUCUUGAAAAUAUGGGUUUACCUCUAAAUGAGGACUUUGUCAUGAAAGUGCUCAAAACCCCGCUUGUUCCGGGAGAAAAUUUGAUUGGGUUUUUCAGAUGGGCUUGGAAGAAGCCAGAGUUUUCGGUAAAUACAGGGAUUGUAGAUGCUCUUGUUCAGGCAAUUUGUAGUGAUCUUAGGAAGAAAGAUGCAUAUGCUUUGUGGGAUUUGGUUAAGGAAUUAGGCGAGAAGGAGAAUGGCGUGUUGACUUCGGAGAUUCUCAAUCAGUUGAUAUCUCUGUUGUCAAGGUUGGGUAAAGCGAAGGCUGGGUUUGAGGUGUUUAACAAGUUUGGGGAAUUUGGGUGUGUUCCAAAUUCAGAAACUUAUUAUUUUACAAUUGAAGCUCUUUGUAGGCGUUCUUUCUUUGACUGGGCUUCCUCCAUUUGCGAGAAGAUGCUCAGUGAGGGGAAAUUGCCUGACGGUGAGAAAAUUGGAAAGAUUAUAUUGUAUUUGUGCAAAGUUAGAAAGGCUGAAGAUGCUCAUAAGGUUUACUUGUUGGCAAAGGAGACAGACAACUACCCUCCUCGAGCUUCUGUUAUUUUUUUGAUUGGUGCGUUGAGUCGAGUGGAUGAGACAGUUCACUUAGCUUUGGAGAUGCUGGAGGGCUUCUCAGGAGAAGAAAGGAAAUAUGCAACCAAACCGUUUUCGGUUGUCAUUAGUGGGUUGUGUAGGAUCAAUGAUGUUGAAGGGGCAAAAAAUUUGCUGUUUAAGAUGAUUGAUGCCGGUCCGCCUCCUGGAAAUGCAGUCUUCAAUUCGAUUAUUAACAGCCUUUCCAAGGCUGGAGAUAUGGAGGAGGCAAUGAAAAUAAUGAAAAUGAUAGAGGAUAGGGGCCUGAAACCUGAUGUGUACACUUAUACUGUCAUGAUGAGUGGUUAUGCAAAAGGGGGUGAGAUGGAGGAGGCUUGUAAACUUUUGGCUGAAGCCAAAAAGAAGCACACCAAGCUGUGCCCCGUGACUUAUCAUACACUUAUAAGGGGGUAUUGCAAGCUUGAAAAUUUUGACAAGGCUUUAGAAUUGUUGGGCGAGAUGAAAGAGUAUGUAGGUAAACCUAGUGUUGACGAGUACCAAAAGCUGAUCCAAUCACUUUGCUUAAAGGCUUUGGAUUGGGAAACAGCAGAGAAGCUGCUGGGGGAGAUGAAAGAGAAUGGGUUGUAUCUCAAUGGAAUCACAAGGGGUCUUAUAAGAGCAGUUAGGGAGAUGGUAGAGGAAGGAGAGGAAGGAGUGGAGGAAGGUGUAAUUGUGGAAGCAUAAGUUAUAAAUUGCUUAGUGAAGCGAAUGUGACAUGGGAGAUGUUGAAGUCUUAUCUGUAGCCUUUGUCUGUAUUUGGCCUUCUGUCUUUUUUAUUUCUUUUCUAUUUUUUUUUUUUUUUUUUUUAAUGAGUUAGAUAAAGAGGAAAGCAUUGCAGGUAAAUUUGUGAAGUCAUGUAUAGUGCAUCUUUCUCACAUCUGUUGGAAUUAGAAUUAAGUUUUGCUGUUCUGAUCUAUGGUGGUUGAAAUUAUGCCGUGCAUACACUUACUGUCUAAUCCAAUAAUUUGAUAGAUAGCGCGAUCUCUUAGAAAGAAUGGAGCUUGGUAUGUUGCAGAUGGCUAUCUUUGCCGAACGCUAGUUCUGCAGCCUGCAAGUGGGGAUGGGCAUUGGUUGUUUUCAAGACUCUGAACGUUUCAUCUAAUCCAAUGUUGCUCCAUAUGUCAAAAGCUACUCGUUGAGGAAAUCUGUGCGUUUGUGCUCCAGGUGCUAUAUUUUUCAUAAUUUUUUUUUUUUUUUUUUACCUUGCUGUGGUUUCAUGGAUUAUACUUCAACAGCUCUGUGUACCGGGUGACCUGUGUUCUUGUCGGCAAAUUUGAUUCCUUAAUCCAAUUUUACUAUUCCUUCUUUUUA